AUGGGAUAUUCGCCAAUCGAGAAGCUACGUUGCGCUUUGGUCUGGACAACCCGGAGAUUAAGGCAUUACAUGUUGUACCAUACGAUUUGGUUAAUCUCGAAAUUGGAUCCUCUUAAGUACAUGAUAGAGUUAGCCGCUUUGAAUGGAAGGAUGACCCGAUGGCAAAUCCUGCUCUCUAAAUUCGACAUAGUUUAUGUGAACCAGAAGGCUGUAAAAGGAAGUGCAAUAGAAGAUUUUCUAGCCAGUAGAGCUUUAGAGGAUUACGAGUCUUUAAACUUUAAUUUUUCCAAUGAAGAUCUAAUGUAUGUAGCAGCCGCCCAAGAAGAUACUCUAGAAGAUCAUCCUUGGAAAUUGAAUUUCGACGAAGCGUCAAACGCCGUUGGUAAUAGAAUUGGGGCAGUCUUGAUAUCCUCAAAGGGAGGUCACUAUCCAUUCACUUGCAAAUUGGAUUUUGAUUGUACAAAUAGUAUGGCAGAGUACGAGCUCAAGAGUGAAUGGGAAACAAGAGACUCAAAAUUGAUCAAUUACCGAGAGCUGGUUAUGAAUUUAAUCAAGGUGUUUGACGAUAUCACUUUUCAUUACCUUCCAUGCGAUGAAAAUCAGAUGGCUGAUGCCUUGGCUACGUUAGCUUCCAUGAUCAAAGCAAAUAAACAAGAGGAUAUAAAGCCGAUCCAGAUGAGUAUUUGUGAUGCUCCAGCAUAUUGCUACAAUAUCGACGAAGAGGAGGAGAGGGAUAAUCAUCUUUGGUAUCAAGAUGUUCUACGAUAUGUGAAAAAUCGUGUAUAUUCUGAUCAGACAACUGAAAAUGAUAAAAGAACAUUGAGGAGGCUGGCCGCAAAGAAAAUCCUAGAAGAAAUCCAUGAAGGUGUCUGCGGGACGCAUGCCAAUGGGUUCACAAUGGCCAGGCAAAUCAUGAGAUUCGGGUAUUGCUAG